GUGGGACUUCUGGAGAGGAGUCUUAAAAAAGCCAGGCACCCAGGGCCUCCAGAUCCCCAGAGAGGCUGGAGGGGAUUGCUCUACUUGACAUUGCCCUUUUCAGAGUCAUCUUUUAAUAAAUUUUUAAAAAGGCGAAGAAGGCCCGAGGCUGAAGGACUCCAUCCUAAACCAUGGCCCCAACAAAAAGGUCGUCAUGGCCUGAGAAGAUGAGUGAGUUACCUCUGCACAUCAAUAUCCGUGAUCCUCGUUGGGACCAGUCUACUUUUGUGGGUCGUGCUAAGCACUUCUUCACUGUCACCAACCCCUUGAACCUUCUACUAUCUGAGGAAGAACUGAAUAAAGCUCGAAUGAUUGUGAUGAACUACAGGGCAGGGAUUGUGACCCCUGGGCUGACUGAAGAUGAACUAUGGAAUGCCAAAUAUAAAUAUGACUCCGCCUUCCACCCUGACACUGGGGAAAAGGUCUUUAUCGUUGGCCGAAUGUCAGCCCAAGUACCCAUGAACAUGCUGAUCAGUGGCUGCAUGCUCACCUUCUACAGGAAAGUUUCAACUGUGGUGUUCUGGCAGUGGGUGAACCAGUCCUUCAAUGCUAUUGUCAACUACUCCAAUAGAAGUGGGGAUGCAAAGAUUACUGAUACGCAGCUGGGAGUAGCUUACUUGAGUGCUACCAGUGGGGCUGUGGUCACUGCUCUGGGACUCAACUCCCUCACCAAACAUCUGCCUAGCAUGGUUGGCCGCUUCAUCCCAUUCACAGCUGUGGCUGCUGCCAAUUGCAUCAACAUCCCAUUGAUGAGGCAGAGGGAGAUAGAGGUAGGAAUCCCCGUGACUGAUGAUUAUGGCCAGAGAUUAGGCACUUCCUCCAAGGCGGCUCAGCUGGGCAUCUUCCAGGUGGUGACGUCCCGGAUUGGCAUGGCUAUCCCUGCUCUGACCAUCCCCCCGGUAAUUAUGAGUGUGUUGGAGAAAAGAAAAUUCUUACAGCAAAGACCGUGGCUCAUCGGGCCCCUGCAGGUGGGGCUGGUUGGCAUUUGCCUGGUGUUUGCUACCCCUCUGUGCUGCGCUCUCUUCCCCCAGAGGAGCUCCAUUCGAGUGUCCCGGCUGGAGCCAGAGCUCAGAGAUCGGAUCAAGAAGCAGAACCCCGACGCUGAGGUCGUUUACUUCAACAAGGGGCUCUGAGGGGAGGGGUCCGCCCCAUGUUCUCCGCUCCUGCCCCUGAUGCCGGGCAUCCCAGCUGUGGCACCUCUUCUGCGCCGCCCCCUCCCUCCGUUCUCCUGCUCCAGAGCCUGGAAGCUGGAGGUGACCCUUCCCGGGAAGGACUUGUGCCCUCUUCCCAUGAAGGCCUAAAGAUCAGGGGCAGACACCCUGCCCAGGGUGGCUGGAGGGGAGUGCCUGCCCGGCUGCCUCCCAGGAACUGGAUGGCCAGUGUGUCGGGGGAGGCAGCAUUCUGGGCUCAGGGCCCAGCAUCCGGGGGUGUGGGGCCGCCCCACCACCUCCUUCCCCAUUAGAACAAAACGUGUCCAUAUGUUUGUUUGUCCGGGAGAGCUUCGCUCCAGAACUCCACAGAGCAGCUGCUGCCCCUCCGAGAGGCCACGCAGCUCCCCAGAUCCUUGCAGGGUUCCGGGGGGGACGGGGCCACGGCCACAGCUUUGUGUUCUCCUCUGUAUGUCUGACCGUAACAUGGUACGUUUGUCUGUGAUACGGCCUGACUAAAAGGAAUGUCUGUGAGGCCCGAGUGCAUGCGUCGGGCAUGUCCAGAUUUCUUUGUUUAUCUUCACGUGUGAUUCUGUUGGCAUCAGAGCCAAAACGGUCCUGGGUCCCGAGGAGCGCAUCUCAUGAACAGCCACUCUCUAUUCCUUUGUUUCUUUGUUUCCUCAAACCUUGCCUUCUGCCUUAGAAUUGAUGCCCGUUCCAAGGCUGCUGCCUUGGUAAGGUAAGGAGUGGUACUGGCUAGGCAAUUAGGGUGAAGUGACUUGUCCAGGGUCACACAGCUAGGAAGUGUCAGAGGCCAGAUUUGAACGCAGGACCUCCCAUCCCCAGGCCUGGCUCUCUACCUACGUGGCUGUCUUCCUAUUCUUUCAAUACUAAGUUUCAAACUAAUGAACAACCUCGUCUAGCCCAUAAUUGGAUCCCUUCUCCACCUUCAGCCUGGCCUUGGCCUCUGGAGUAAUGGGUAAUGAUUGGAAGUGGAGGGGGGUGGGGUGGGCCUCCCACUCAAGCCCCUUCUCUAGCCGCCACCAGUAGCGACUCCCAUGAUGCCAGUGUUUGUACCCAAAUAAACUUGAAACUUUUAA